UAUUGAAUUCAAUCAGAGUAAAUGCAAUAAAAUAAUCACUACAUAAUUUUCUGAAUGAAGAGUGAUAGUUGAGUUGGUAAAUCUGCUUGGUCUUCGUUCCGGUGCCAUUUGUUGGACCAAUUUCAACGUGGAGUUUGUUAAUUUUUAUCUGAAUUUAUAAUUGGAAUCCGUGCAUCUAAAAGCUAAAAAAUGGCGCCGAAGGGCAAUAAUAUGAUACCAAAUGCCCAUUUCCACAAGGAUUGGCAGCGGUAUGUGAAAACGUGGUUCAACCAGCCGGCGAGAAAGUUUAGGAGGAGACAGAACCGCAUCAAGAAAGCAAAGGCGAUCGCUCCUCGCCCGGUCAAAGGUCCACUGAGGCCGAUUGUGCGCUGUCCCAGCAUCAGGUACCACACCAAGGUCCGCAUGGGAAGAGGAUUCACUUUGGACGAAGUCAAGGGAGCCGGACUGAGCAGAGGAUUCGCUCGUUCAAUUGGCAUCGCCGUGGAUGUGAGGAGACGAAACAAGUCGGUGGAGUCCCUACAGCAGAACGUGCAGAGGCUCAAGGAGUACCAGUCCAAGCUCAUCCUCUUCCCCACACACCCCAACAAGAAGCUCAAGAAGGACAAGGCACCCAAGAAGGGUGAAGCAACCGAGGAACAGAGAAAGAUGGCUGUUCAACUGAAGACUCCACUCAUGCCAAUCAAGAAGCCAGUGAUCAGAUCGAAGGCCAGGGCUAUCACUGAAGCUGAGAAGAAGUUCUCGGCCUACACAGCUUUGCGAAAGGCCCGUGCCGACCAGAGAUUGGUUGGAGUGAGAGCGAAGAAGGCGAAGGAAGCCGCUGAGAACCCAGAAGACGUCACUAAGGUCAAAGCAGCCAAGGCUGCCAAGGCUAAGAAGUAGAUUGUAUAGGUUCGAUUUUUAAUAAAUUCCGAUAAGUUUA